AGUAUGUAAUUUUUAGUUUUUAAGCAAUCAAUAACGCAGAUGCCAGAAUGUUCAUUCACAUUCACAUUCACACUCAUAUUUACAUAUAGAUUUAUACUCAAUAUUGUGACAGUUCAGUUACAUAUGCAAGUAAAUUGAUUUUAAUUAAAAAUUAUGCAAAACGCCAAGAUGAAAUUAGUUUUAGUUGCUUAAAUGUAAUUGCUGAUUCUCAUGGAUGGAUUAAAGGUGUACCUCAACUGAAAGACAGUCGUUGGUUGCAGUGCAUUUGAGUUGAGGUUUGAGGUUUGCUUGUAUUUUACUGAUAAUUCAGUUUAGUGCUGCAGAAUACUUGGACGGUGCAAGUUUAAAAUAUGAAAAGCGAUCAAAUUAUUGAGAAGAUACGGAACAAAUUGCAGGAAUCAAAUCCUGAGAAUCGUUCUGUGAUGAAAAUAUUUCAAUUCAACUUUACAGAUGAGCAUGGCAAGCUUAUUAAGAGCGUAGUUUUUGAUUUUAAAGACUUAAACAUAUAUGAAGGCAGCACUAAAGAACACGAUGGUGAAAUCACUGUAGCGGAUGAUGACUUCUAUAUGGUGGGUAGUAAGCAAACGACAUUUGAUGAGUUACUUGCCAAAAAUAAAGCUCAAAUACAGGGUGAUACUGAAGCCAUCAACAAAAUGCUAGAAAAAUUUCGUUUGAAUACCAAAAACUAAAAAUUAGUGGAGCUUUCUUCAUAACAUACAAUAACGAGAGAUAAGCACUUUGAAUUUUCAUGCAUUUGCUGGUUGAUAUAUUAGUGAUUAUUAUUAUAGAUUUCCGCUUUGAAUUACACAUAAAUUCAAUACUUGCACAGCAUUUUUGUUAUAUAAUUUAUAAAAAUCAUAUACAAUUAAAAUUAUAGCUUUAAUAGCUGAGAAGUAGAAAUGAAAAAA